GCGCCGGAAGCGGCGGCGGAUGGAGGCGGCGGCGGAGCGGGCGGAGGCGGCGCGGCGGGGGGGCGCCGCCGGGGCACUAAAGACGGGCCGUCGAGCCCGCCAGGACUUCUUUCCAGAUGAAAAUCUCAGCAGGAAGAAUACUCCAUCUGCUUCUUUCGGAGAGGAUGAAGACCCUGAGGAAAAGGUUGACCAUGGUCCACCGCCUAAACCGCCACGUCGGCAAGGAGGCUGGGCAGAUGAUCCUGGAUUGGCACCUAUCAAGUCAGGAAGAAAGCAUGCAGAAGAAGUAGAAGACCAUCGUCUCAGACAGCAGAGCCUGGAGGCAUCAGAUGAUGGAGGAGACAUUCCCGUGAUCCCGGACUUGGAGGAAGUCCAGGAGGAAGAUCUGGCCAUGCAAGUGGCAGCUCCCCCCAGUGUGCAGGUCAACCGGGUACUGACCUACCAUGAUCUGGACAAAGAUCUAAUGAAGUACGCUGCCUUUCAGACUCUGGAUGGAGAGCUUGACCUGAAGCUUCUCACCAAAGUUUUGGCUCCAGAGCAUGAACUACGAGAGGAUGAUGUCAGCUGGGAUUGGGACCAUGUCUUCACAGAGGUGUCCUCAGAACUAGUGACUGAGUGGGACCUGGGGCAGUCUGAGAGAGAGGACCUCCUCAGUCUGCUCUAGAGCACUGGCACACAAGACAUCUCCUACAUGCAUUCCCUGUAAAUAGUUUAACACUUCAACUUUCUAUUCACUUGUUUUUAUUUGAGAAUUUAUUUUAGACAUGAAAAUAAAUAGGUCUGUGCUUAAUA